UCAUUCCAGCCCUCCCCAAAACAUUUUCCAGUAGCCUGGACCUGUGGAGGGAAAAGAAUGACCAGCUUGUUAGACAGGCUAAGGGGAGAAGGACUGAUCCUUAAUGCCUCCCUCCCUAAUUUCAGCAGCUGACUAGGGAUUCUCGUCCGUCUCUGAGGCGACAGCAGUCGGCCCAAGACACACUGGAAGGAUUUAGGGAGCUCCUCCUCACUCUGCAAGGACUCCCUGCUGCUGUCCCCGCUCUCCCCUUGGAGCUGAUGGUCCUCUGUAAUUAUAUAAUCCUGAGGGCUAGCAUAGCCCAGGCCUUCACUGAAGACCUUAUCCAGGAUCUUCAAAGGGGUCUCAAAAGAGUGCGGGAGGCCCAGCAUCAGCUGGAGCCCAAGUCACAGCAGGGACUCAAGGAGCUGUGGCAGUCUGUCCUCUCCUCUUCCUCCCUUCUGCCGGAGCUGCUGCCUCCCUUACACUGCCUGGCCAGCCUUCAAGCUGUCCUCUGGAUGAGUGCUGACUGCCUGGAGGACCUGACCUUGCUGUUACAAACCCUGAAUGGCCACCAGGCUGAGACCUCUGAGGAUCUGCUACUAUUGCUAAAAUCCUGGAGUCCUCCAGCGGAGGAGUCACACGCCCCACUGAUUCUGCAAGAUGCUGAGAAUUUGAGGGAUGUCCUUCUGACAGCAUUUGCCUGCCGCCAAGGCUUCCAGGAGCUAAUCGCAGGGAGCCUCCCCCAGGCACAGAGCAGCCUGCAUGAAGCAGCCUCAGGUCUGUGUCCGCCGUCUGUGUUAGUCCAGGUGUACACAGCGCUGGGGACAUGUCUCCGUAAGAUGGAAAAUCCACAGAGAGCACUGUUGUACUUGACUGAAGCCCUGAAAGUGGGAGCAACCUGUGCCCUUCCGCUUCUGGAGGCUUCCAGAGUAUAUAGGCAACUAGGAGACACAGCCGCAGAGCUGGAGAGUCUGGAGCUGCUGGUUGAGGCCUUGAGUGCCACUCAUAGUUCUGAACCAUUCAAAUGUCUCAUUGAAGUAGAAUUGCUACUUCCACAACCUGAUCCAGCCUCUCCUCUUCAUUGUGGCACACAGAGUCAGGCCAAGCACCUGCUAGCAAGUCGAUGCCUACAGACGGGGAGGGCAGAAGAUGCUGCGGAACAUUACUUGGACCUGCUGGCAAUGUUGCUGGGAGGCUCAGAGCCAAGGUUUUCCCCACCCACCUCCUCCCUAGAUCCCUGUAUGCCGGAGUUGUGUCUGGAGGCAGCAGCAGCGCUGAUCCAGGCAGGCCGAGCCUCAGAUGCUUUGACUGUGUGUGAGGAGCUGCUCAACCGUACCUCAUGUCUGCUUCCCAAGACGUCCUCCUUGUGGGAAAAUGCCAGAAAAAGAACCAAAGAACUGCCAUAUUGUCCAAUCUGGGUCUCUGCCACCCACCUGCUUCAGGGCCAGGCCUGGUCACAACUAAAGGCUCAAAAAGAGGCACUUAGUGACUUUAGCCAGUGCCUUGAGCUGCUCUUUCGGACCCUGCCUGAGAACAAAGAGCAAGGCUCCAACUGUGAGCAGAAGUGUAGAGCUGAAGUGGCACUGAAACAGCUUCGAGUGGCUGCUCUGAUUAGUCGUGGACUGGAAUGGGUAGCCAGUGGCCAGGAUACCAAGGCUUUGAGUGACUUCCUCCUCAGUGUGCAGAUAUGCCCAGGCAAUAGAGAUGGUUCCUUUUACCUGCUUCAGACUCUGAAAAGACUGGGUCGGAAGAAUGAGGCCACUGCUUUCUGGCGGGAGGCCCAAAGUCAACUGCCACAGGAACAAGCUGCCGGGUCUCUUCCACUGUAUUUAGAAACCUGUUUGAGCUGGAUCCAUCCUCCUAACUGUGAAGCCUUCCUUGAGGAGUUCGGGACUUCGGUGUUGGAGUCUUGUGACCUUUAGCUUCCUUGUUUCCAGAAGCAAGUCCUUCGCUCUUGAGGCUGGUCCUGUGAACCUUGAUCUACUUACUACCAGUCUAGUUCUGGAAUGGUCCCAUGAGCAAAUCACUGUCUGCUUGUGGCACUUUUCUUCCUUCCUCCUUCCUUUCUUCCCCCUCUCUCCCCCCUCUUCCUGUUUUCCUUUCUUCCUUUCUCUCUUGUGUGUAUAGAGUAAAAUCUUCUAUUUAUGUCUUAUCUGCUCAGUACACAUAGUCGAAUGGGAAGGAAGGCUCACGGCAAGCUAGAUGGGUAUUGGCUAUUUAAGAUGCUCUAUUUCCAAUAUCCAUCUUCUGUCUGCCUUCCCUGUCUCCCUAACUUCCCUCUUCCCUCCCACUGUCUUCUUGGUAGGUUGGAUUCUGGGGACUAAACUGUAGUUCCUCAUAUAAAUCCCCACUCCCUACCCUUUAUCCACCCCACCAUCUACCGUAAGAGCUUGAGGUAUGAGUCUGAAGAAAAGGCUACAUUAAUCCUUCUUGGAAAGCAGUGGCUUAGUCCUUUUUAAGUUAUUAAAAUUUUAAAUUGCU